GUCCACUUCAUGCGAUUUUUUGUAUUUUGUUUUUUUUUUAUUUACUUUAUGGUGUUGGGGUGUCCUACUGGCGAUUUCGUUAUUUUCUUUACUCAGCGCACAGUGCCGAGGAUGUUUUUUGUAUUGGUAGGCAUUGCCAACAGAUUUCAAAAAAGCAAAAACGAUGGAUUAUGCCAGAUAUAUAAUGGUUCUUUCGAUCGAAAAAUAAAAAAAAAAGAAAGUUUGGGAAAUUAUGUACAGUUGGGAAGAUAUAUAGGAUAUAUAAGAUACGGUGUGCUGCAUGCAGUCUUCUUUUUUAUGCUUUCGAAUCGAUCAUGGACCUGGUUGCCAUCUGCAGGAGUGAAAUCCUUGACAGAGCUAACGUAGUUGGUUUCUGGGUAAAUUCUGUUUCCAUGGCUGCCAUACAGGGGCAUGUAGCCACCCACCAUGGGAUAGUUAUAGGAUGAAUAGGGAGACAUAUAGCGGCGUCCAUAUAAGCCUCUAAACAUGCCACCUCGCGAAUGGUAAUAUGGAUAAUCAUAGCCAUAUCCGCUGUUGUAUGGAUAGCCUCCUCCAUAGCCACCGCCUCCAUAGUAAGAGUACGGAUUCAUGCCUCCUCCAUACAUAUACGGUGCUGGUGAUGGUGUAUAGCCAUAAGGACUGCCAUAGCCAUUGUAGUAAGGCGCGUACAUUGUAAUGUCGAUUUUUUCUUUUUUUUAAAAAAGAGGUCCCAAAAGGAUAAGGAAGUGAGAGAGAAGAAAAGAAGUUUUUGAAUCAAAGAAACAAGAACGGGGGAAGAAAGGGUCACUGGGUUUC